AUGAACGAAAACGACGAGGAGACGCGAUUUAACCCGUUGUUGGCUAUUCUCAUCGCUUUGUUUGGGUCCACAUCAUGGCUUGGGGUUAACGCAUUUUGGGUGGAGAUGAGCGUGCACACACAAACCUUGCCUGAAGGUUGGCAUCUGGGCUCCAUUCUGACGAUUAUUAUUCAGGUCAGCCCUUCUUCUAUCACUAUUUUCGCGACAGAGUGAUCAGCGCACUAGGUGAAAUCGGAGUGUUGCAAUAUAAGCAUCUUCUCUGUUAGAGUACCCUACAAAAAUAAACCUUAUCUUUUGUUUUCAGAUCUCAUCAAUCCCGGCUUUAAUUUACACUCUACUUGAUCACAAAAACAGAAUCAAAAUCUCCACGGCUCCGAUAAUCGAGCUGGCCCUUGUAAUUGUAGCAAUCGCCAUUCUACUAGUCGGUCAUUUCAACGAUUUUACUGUCGAGAUAGGAGGAUCGAAACGGUCGAUUGUUGUUUAUAUCUGCAUGUUCUUCGUUGGAUCAGUUUCAAUUUUAUCGGAUGUGUUGUUCAUCCCGUAUAUGAAGAAUCUCCCGGCCGCCUACUUUCAGGCGUUCUUUGUUGGGCUGGGAAUGAGUGCGCUGAUGCCGAGCAUCUUCAGCAUUAUUCAAGGUACGUUGAAAACGGGAGCAAACGAGACAAUACAUAAACAGGUGCCAGCUCGUACGAAUGCGUCGUUGUCCCCGGCGAAGCACAACGCCCGCCUCGAUUCAUUGCCCCUCUUUUUACUGUUGAAGUCUUCUACUUUAUUGUGUUUUGUUGGUACUGCAUUGGGCUGGUCGCAUUUAUCCUUAUUCAUCAUAAAAGAAGGUGGAUUUUCAACGUUUGGCCCGAGCGUUUAACUUGGAGGAUCGGAAGUGCUGGAUACCAUGAUAAUAAAGAAGCGGUCGCUACAAAAACCUGGAACGGACGAAGCGACGUUCUGUUGUUGACGAUGAUUGCAAUCGUAUACUCGCUGAUCAGUGUGCUGAUGCCUAGUAUUCAGUCGUACGUGGCGUUGCCCUAUUCUCCACAGACAUAUUCAUGGUCCUUGACGCUCUGUGCGAUUAUUCAACCAGUCGGGUCAUUUAUCUCAUUUUUUGCGCCGUUGAGAAAAAUUCCUCUAAUGGUUGUCACGUGCUGUUUGACCGUGUUGUCAGCAAUGUUUUGCCUGACCCUGGCCUUCCAAAGUCCAAGUCCUUGGUUGGUGGGGACAACGGCAGGAAGUGUUAGUGUGGUAAGCUCCAAUAUUUAUUUGUUUUAUACAACUACCUAGGAUUUUGAUGCUGUGAUAUAGAGCAUAGCUGCUGUUUAACUUGUAAGAUUAUUUCUUGGAACGCUCCAUUCCUUACAGAUCCUCCUGACGAUGACUGUUUUUGGACUUGGAUGUUACACCCGAAGUGUAAUCUUUGAGUACAUCCAAAGCAGCUCUCCAAGUCCUGCUGCAACUCACCGCCGGUUGCUUUACGCCGGGCUUGUGGGACAAGCAGGAACCGUUGUGGGAACCAUCUUUGUUUUCCCCGCCGUAAAUAUUUUCAAUCUCUUCAAAAGUGCGCCAUCUUGUUGA